CCAACAUUCUAGUUCUGAGGCCGAAUUCUCCAUUCCGUGUCGGGUUGCCAGAACCUCCGGCUGAGAGCUGCUGAGAUGAAAUUGAAGCCAGGGUCUUUUCUGUGGUACCUUUACCUGGACAAAAUCUACUGUUUGUUGUCUUUGAGAAAUGUGAAGGCCUUGAUGGAGUAUUUUCACCUUCUGGACGCACACCGAAGGAACACCUUAAAUGAUGUGCUGUUCUUUCAUUUUCUCCACCACGUGACUAACAUGAAAAUCACACAGAUCAAGAUGAUAUUUGACAUGCUGGACUGGACGGCUGUAGGAGAGAUUGGUUUUGACCAGUUCUAUGUGUUGGUUUGCAUACUGCUGUCGCAUCAGAACCAUCUGGAAGAUCAGUUUAUGUACCGCCAUUCCCGGCCGGUUUUUGACCUGCUCGACUUGGAUGGGGAGUUGAAAAUAGAUGCAUCCAAUUUCGAAAUGUACAGAUUUCUCUUCAAUAUUAAAAAGCAGGAACUCCGAGACCUUUUCCAUGACUUUGACAUCACAGGUGACCGACUGCUUAAUUACAAGGAAUUUAAGUUGUACACAAUCUUCUGCACUGACAAAUCCACAGACAGGAAGAAAAGGAGGAAAGAAAGAGAGGAAGAGAGAGCGAGAGAAAAGGGGAAAGAUAAAGAGAGGUAUCAUCAUCUAAAGAAGAUAUAUUCGACUGGGAUGAGCCAGAGGAGUCGGAGUAUCCUUUGAUACCAAAGUGAGCAUGACAAUUAAAAUUAACAUGGCCACAAUGAAGCAGAGCACCAAAGUACAUAUCUUUAUUUUGUGUAUGUCUGUCUGUAUUGUUCAUUUAUUUACUUAUUUAUUCAUCGAGACAGGGUCUCACAGUGUAGCCCUGGCUGGCCUGGAACUGGCUAUGUAGACCAGACUGGCCUCAAACUCAAGAGACCUGUCUCCUGAGUGCUAGGAUUAAAGGCUUGCACCAUUCAUACCCAGUGUCUUUUAAUCUUUUUGAAACAGGGGCUCAUGUAACUCAGGCUCGCCUCAAAUUUACUAUACAGUUGAAGAUGACCCUGGGCUCCUAAUCCUCCUACCUCCCUCUCCCAAGUGCCGGGAUUACAAGGUAUGUGCUUCUGUGCCCAGUUAUCAAAAUGGGUUUCUAUACCUGAGCUACACUGUCCCCAAGCGGCCAUUCUGUUCAUGUGGUCCAGUUUUGCUUCUGCCUUUUAGCAGGCCAUGCUCACAGAUACCUGAUGACCUAUGGAGCCCAGCAGUUGAUGGAAGUGACCCUUUCCCACUCUUUGCCGAUGGUCCAAUGCUCUUGGGAUUCUUUCUAGGCUAAGCCCAAUUGGAUGCCAGAUUCUUGUGGGCCAGUGGUGACAAGGCAGGCUGACUUUUAAGGAUAUGGAGCUAGUCUUUUUUUCCUUUGAGACUAACUGUUGCCCAGGCUGAGCUCCAACAUGUGGGAUGGAAUGAUUCUCCUGCCUCAGGCUUGGGUUAACUGGGACUGCAGGAGUAUGUCACUGUCCCAGCUCAGGCUGUGUAUUCCUUAGAGUUCAAUUAUUCCAACAUGUGAAGUGCUUAGAAAACAGAAUAAAACUUACUUGGGCAAAAUAUUAUCAUAUGCCCGUUUCAUUUAAACUUUUCAUGAACCAGGCAAGGCCGCACAUACUUUAAUUCCCAGCACUUGGGACACAGAGGCAGGAGGAUCUCUGUGAAUAUGAAGUCAGUCUCAUCUACAUAGUGAGUUCCAGGACAGCCAGGGCUAUGUAGAGACCAUGUAGAGAGAUCAAAACCUUGAGUGAUUUAAAAAUUCUUUGGCAUGAGAUUUGUGAGCAACGCAGCCUCCACCCCCUCACCCCCCGCCCCCGGGACUGUACCAUCAUUGUAGCAACUGUGACAGGGCCCCAGACCUUAGAUGGAAGUAGCAUUCAGACCAUAAAACUCACCAUGUAGACAUCACCACCUGCCAAAAUGAAAACAAAGAGCUAAUCCAUCAAAGUCCAUAGUUCUGCAAAGUCUCUAAAUGUACUAACCUUGCUUUGUGGCUUUUGCAAUUCUGCUUCUGGCUGUUUUUGUUAACUGAAGUAUGUCAACCCAGAGUACGGUUUUUGUGCUUAAGAGCUCUCCCUGAGAAAGGCUCGGGACUGCCCUGGGAUGCAGAACACUCGGUCUAGUCACUGGCUGGCUAAUAAAGACUUUCUAUUGGCUUAAAUCAUGUCCGGGCAAUCUUUAUCACAAGCAUGUGCUUGGUGCAAGUGAGUUAGUGAUUUAAGACACAGAACUUAGGCCUUCAAACCUGUCAACUAGGUGGGGCUAUUUUGUUUACAAAAGGGGAAACCGAGUCCCAGAGAGAUUUAGAAACUUAAUCAAACACGUCUCACAGGAAGUAGGACCAGGAAGCUGGUACUCACAGUCUGGGGUCCAAGCUGACUGGACUUUUGGCAGAUUUUUUUCACUUACUUUUAUUUUAUUGGCUGUAGGUAUGUCUGUGUGAGGGUGUUGGAUCCUGGAGUUAGAGUUGUGAGCUGCCAUGUGGUUGCUGGGAAUUGAACCCAGGUCUCCUAGAAGAGCAGCCAGUGCUCUUAACCGCUGAGUCAUCUCUCUAGCCCAGGCAGAUUGUUUUUGUUUGUGUGUUUGGUGAGGUGGUUUUGUUGAGACAGGGUCCCUCUCUGUAGCCCAGGCUGACCUCCAACCUGUGAUGUUCUUGUCUCGGCACCUAUGUGCUAGAUGCUGAGGUUCGGCAUGCUCUACCAGGCCAGACGUCUCUUUAAAUUCUAAGCUAACAAAUUCAGUUGGCUCAGAAAGCCCUCGUUUAAUGUUUAUUACUGUAUCUCUCACUCUAAGUUUCUGUGGAACACGGCUGAGAUCAUUUAUGACAUACACCCAAGACUUUGAGGGUCCCCAAUAUGACUGAUAUGAUACUCAAUACCAUAAAUCACCUGAUUAUGCUACCAAUGAAGGGGCUGGUAUCUGCACAAGACAUCCCAAGACCAAGUUCUCAGCACAAAGAUGUAUCUGCCCCAGAGGGACAGAGACAGGGAGUAAGAGACAGGACAGGGAGAAGGGGACGGGGACACGGGAGAGGGAGCAGGGGCAUUUGUCCCAGGGGACAAAGGACUGCCUCUGGAUAAAGAGGAGACAGAUGUGGCACACAGGAAAAUGGCUGGUUUAUAAAGGUACAGGGAGAAACUCGAUGUUAGAAUGAGGUGUUUAAUUUUGAUUGGGCACGUUAAUUAGGUGAGCCCAAGUGGGCUUCUGAUUGCUAGACUUUAUUUAAUACUUUGAUAGUUGGACCUUGGUAGUCAGCUUCAGGAAGAAGUGACCAAAUAAGGGAACAGACCUUUGGCUAGCUUUAGGAAUGUAAUCUAAGUGUUUUCAGCAAGGCAGAGAGAGGGAAUGGGGGAAGGGCAAGGCCUGCUGGAGCCAUGCUCAGGCUGGUGAGAAUCCCUUCAACCAAUGUACAAGAAUACUGCUUACCUAAGAUCGUUAUCUGCCAAGUCAGACUGGGAAUUAUGAAACCUGUUUAUUGUGAAACAUCAUUAACAAAUGGGAGAUUUGGCUAACAAGCUUUUGAGCAUGAUUAAUGCAAUUGGCUAUAGAUACUUCUUCCCAUGGUGCAACACCACAGUGAGAAUGGGACCAGCAAAACCAAACCUCAGGUAAAACUGGUCACUUCACUUCAAUCUUUUUUUUUUUUUUUUUUUUUUUUUUAAUGUGCAUAGAUGUUUUGCCAUGGGUAUUGGGUCCCCUGGAACUGGAGUUAUAGACAGUUGUGACAUGUGGGCACUGGAAAUUGAACCCGGGUUCUCUGGAAGAGCAGUCAGUGCUCUUAACCACUGAGCCAUCUCUGCAGCCCCUUCAAUCCUUUCUAUAGAGAUAAAGGCACUGCACUGGGGGAAUUGCAAGCAUCUCUCAUCACUCCCCAUACCCUUCCAACAUUAGGAGUCUGUGGUCACUACAGUGUUUGCACGGGGCAGACAGAACACUGCAGAGUGCAGGCAGGCACUCCAAAGGGCCUCACCAUUGUACUUGUCUUUACAGGGCUUGGUGGCUUUGAGGCAUCCUAGGUGGUCAGGCGGCGGCAGCGUUAGGGAGUAGGUGUGACUCUGGGAAGACAUUCCAGAGGUCUCUGCUCCCAGAGACGGUCGUGAGCUCCUGGAGCAGAGGCAGUACUGAGUUCUUUCCUCAGAACAGAGGUGGGGGAAGAAAGCUGAAGAGAGCAGUAGGAGUUAAGCUGUCCUCUCACCCAUGGGGGUCCGAGCACACUGUACAGUGAUAAUAGAACAUGGGGUUUACUUUUAAACACUGUGUGUGCCAUAGCACACACGUGGAGGUCAGAGGACAACUUGUAGUUGGUUCUGAUCCUUCAACCAUGUUAUAGGGAUCAAACUCACUCAGGUCCUCAGGCUUAGGUACAGGUGCCUUUACCUGCUGAGCUAUCUUGACAUCCCAUCAGAUCUUAAAACUUUUCAAAGCAUCUUCAUCACCUAGAGGUCCCUGUGGGUCAGCAGCACAUGUCUGUGCAGCACUCAUGGGCUGAGGCAGGAGGACUGGAAGGGCAUCUUGGGCUUCAUAGUGAGAGUCUUGGUGGUUCUAGAGGGUAUCAAGAGUUUUAAUUAAUAAAUGAGAUUCUGUAUAAAAAUUAAAAUUCAAACCAGUAAAUUGAUUCUGUGUUGGGACUAGGCAUAUAAGACACUAACCAAUCCACGCUUGUUUUGCUUCAGGGCCUUUCUAGAUUUAUUUACUUCAUUUCCUGUGCCUGGGUAUUUUGCUUACAUAUAUGUCUAUGCUUGGGUGCCUGCUGCCCUCAGAGGUCAGAAAAUGGCAUUGAAACUGAAGUUAUGGUGAGUUGUGAGCUGCCAUGCUGGUGCUGGGCAUCAAACCUGGGUCUUCUGCAAGAACAAAUGUUUUUACUGCGAGUCAUUUCUCCAGCUCCUGUCCCACUCUCCCCUCCAGUGACAGUUUAAAACAUGAGCACAUAGGGCUUGGUAUGUGAAUCAGCAGUAAGAGUAUGACAUAUGUGAGAUCCUAGGUUCCACCCUGCAUGUGUCAAUGCUUUCCAGUCUGCAGUUUUUAUAUUGGAUUGCAAGUUCCUAGUUACAUGAGUGUUCUGGGGCACGGGCAAUGGGAAGGGCAGGUGCAGACUAUGGGUGGAACACUGGCCUGGGCAAGGUUCCAGACCAGGCCCACCGGCAGAUUCUUCCACACCACUGUCAGCUAGCAGGAACUGGGGGGGCACCAAGUUGAGCAAAGUGGUCAUGUCUCCCCCAGCGCUUGGAUCUCACAUCUCCUUACCAUCCUAGGCCUCAAGCCUCAGAGCAGGCCAGACCGAGUCACCCGUGUCCAACCUCUGACAGAGUCACCUAGGCUCUCGCCACAGAACUAGAAAUGACAAGCUAACAGGCCACAUCACAAGAGACCCCGACAGCAGUCACAGGAUACUAGCUGUCUCCGAAGACUCUAUCCGCUGGAUUCCUUUUCUAAGUAAAAUACAUCACAGGAUCCGACCAGCUGAGGGAUGCUCAUUUGCUAGGAGGGUUACCUUCCCCCCACCAUGGAGAAAGAUGGAUGAAAAUUACCGAACAUCUUCAGGAAAAGAGGCCACUGUCUGCUCUAAUCGAGAGGCUGGUAUCCCACCAAAUGGGGAAGGCCUUUCAAAGACACCCAGAGGUCAUAAAAGGUGGACAUAUUUUGUUGUUGUUAAAGACAGGAACUCACUAGGUAGACCAAGGUGCCCUCCAGCUGAGUUUGUCUCUACCUCCCAGUCCAGCCACACCAGGUGAGACUCAGAUUUUACUGCUCAGCAGCACACAAGCAGUACUGGCUGUGCCACCUUCCCCAUCCGGGUCAACCCAUUGAAGACCAAGACCACAGCGCUGCUAAGGCACGCCUCAGUGACCUGCAGCAUGUGGUGGAGCAGGGCUUAAGUCUGGUGGUCAGGAUCUCACUACAGGUUUGAGAGAGGAAGAAAUCUCCCACUUCCCCAGAGCAAGAGCUGGGCGGUGGUUGCGUACGCCUUUAAUCCCAGCACUCAGGAGGCAGAGGCAAACAGAUCUCUGUGAGUUUGAGGCCAGCCUGGUCUACAGAGUGAGUUCCAGGAUAACCAGGGCUACACAGAAGAAUCCUCACAAAAAAACAAAACAAAACAAUAAACAAAUAAAAAAUAAAAUAACAACACAGAAACUCAGAAUAAAGGCAAAGACAAAGAGAAAAGUUGAAAUUUUUUUUUUAAAAAAAGCACAAAACCCCUACAUACUAAAAUUAUACACAUCAAGUAUUGAUCCAAUCUUACAUCAAUCUAUUGACAAUUACCAGCACCAUGUUUUUUUCUCACCUAGGUUAAACACUCCUGGAGGAUCGUUAUUCAAAGUAUAUGUUCCUUUAAAAUAAAAAAUUGGUUUUUUGUUUGUUUGGUUUUUCGAGACAGGGUUUCUCUCUCUGUGUAGUUCUGGUG